AUGGAAUUCCUUAUCCGGCUUGCCCAAUGGCAUGAAUCCUUCCGCGUCGCGGAACUGAAAGCCGUGGCCACAGUCAUCGGGGCCGACAUUGAGAUUGUCUCUUAUGAGGACGCUUCACCAUAUUGCAUCGUCAAGCUCCCAGACGAAGCAGCUGCACGCGCAUUGAUCGCGCGCUGCAUCUUAGCCAAAGACAUCUAUGAGCUAUGGGGUCAUGGAACCAACUAUGAAGAAGUCCAUGCCGAUGUUAAGCAACGAACCCCACAUCUCUGGGCCCAAUAUGAAACCGUCCAAUUCGGCUUCGACUUGGAUGCAUACGUAGGAAAGCGCAGCCAAGCUAAAAGGGUAGAGAUCAUCAAGUCAUUCUCCUACCUGGGCUUCCACGGUCCUCUCAAAUUGAAGAAUCCAGAAAAUCAGUGGUUGAUUAUGGAGAGAUACCUUUCUCCUAGUGGAAUACCUGGCGCCGAGAGAGAGAAGAAUCCCGAGCCGCUGAAUAUCUACUUUGGACGCUACCUGGAUAAAAGUGGCCGGGGUGUUAUCGUCGACUACGAUUUGAAAAAACGGAGCUAUAUUUCCACUACAUCUAUGGAUGCGGAGCUGAGUCUUGUGACGGCGAAUAUUGCGCUCGCGGCGCCUGGAAAGGUCUUCUAUGAUCCUUUUGUUGGCACUGGAAGUUUCUUGGUGGCUGCUGCGCACUUUGGGGCUCUGACUAUGGGCUCGGAUAUUGAUCCUCGCAGUUUCCGUGGAAAGGAUGAGGAGCGCAAACAUGGUGAAAUUGCUUUGUUGCGAAAUUAUAAGCAAUAUGGCACCAUGAGCAAGUUUGUCGAUGCUUUCACUUCGGACCUCACCAAUACCCCUUUGCGAAAUGGUCAACUUCUUGACGGUAUCAUUUGUGACCCGCCCUAUGGUGUGCGUGAAGGACUUCGGGUUCUGGGAACUCGAAACGGGAAGGUUAUUGAGCCUGUCGUGAUUGAUGGCGUUCCUGCUCAUUAUCGAGCUGGAUAUAUUCCGCCUAAGAAGCCCUACGGGUUCGAAGCAAUGCAGAAAGAUAUUCUCGACUUUGCGUCUAGAACCCUCGUUACGAAUGGUCGCCUCGCCAUGUGGAUGCCAACAGCUAUCGAAGGCGAUGACUUGAAGGUGCCCAUGCACCCGAACCUGGAGGUCGUCAGUGUUUGUGUUCAGUCUUUCGGCAACUGGGCCCGUCAACUUAUGACCUAUCGCCGUCUUCCGGAAGGUAUAGUCUCUGAUACCUCACAGGGAAGAAACAAGGUCGACAAGACCGGUAUUACGGCAAGCGAGGUCAAUGAUUUCAGACGAAAGUACUUCAACAGGUUCCGAACCAAGGGGACCGCAGACUAG